AUGGAGUUCCUCUAUGCGGCUCUGUAUCUCUUAACCAUCUCCAGAUUCACUUUUGCAUAUGACAAACUUUCUUCAAACCAAACUCUUGGUCAUGGAGACUUCUUAAUCUCUCCAUCCCAAACAUUCGAGCUUGGAUUCUUCUCUCCGGGCUCAUCCACCUCCAGAUUCUUGGGAAUACGGUACAAGGCCACACCAGACAUCGUAGUUUGGGUUGCAAACAGACAAAAUCCGAUCACCGGCCUCAAUGGAGUUCUAACUUCAUCUGCAACCGGCAAUCUGAUCCUCACCUCAGCUCAAGGUCCAACCAUUUGGUCUUCCAAUUCCUCCACAACAGAAUCAAAUCCAGCUUUGCAGCUCCUGAAUUCUGGAAACCUUGUCAUUGGCCUUAAUUCGUCGUAUAUUUGGCAGAGCUUCCAUCAUCCAGGCGACACUAGGCUGCCGGGAAUGACACUAAUGCAAGAUAUUAGCACUGGAGAUGGGAAACCUUUCAGCAGGAGUUAUAAUAGCAGUGAAAAGGAUGUCGAAGAUUUCUGGACAAGGCCAUGA